AUGUACUGGCCGACGACGACAGCGCGUCGACUCCAUCUGUCGCCGUCUGGGCUCGACCGAGCUUCGAUUGAAGGCGAGGUCAACGCUGCCCCACCACAGGAGUACGAAGGGGAACGCAUCGUGCACCUUAGCAGAAGCCGCAAUGGCCAUCUCUGGGCGGCCGUCAGCGCAAAGACACUCUCCGUAUGGAGCACAAGGCCAUCACAGGCCAUCGCGGCACUCAUAAGAACACAACGGAGCUUGCGAGAGUAUGGCAACAACACACGGGUAUCCUGGAACGAGGACGGGCAGGGCAUCGUCGUUGAGACGGAUCAGUCCUAUCUGCUACUCUACAACUUUGACUUUCUCCCCUCUUCGAUCUACUCGUAUGUCCCCUCGACUGGCAGCGGUGCCAAAUCCAAGAACAAGGAGCCGUACGCGCCCAAUCCUGCCGCCCUCAAGGCCUCCUUUGCCGCUGGUCCAGGUGAAGGGACCGGAGCGAUGGCUUCAGAGCUCAGAGGCAUCGGCGCAGUGGGGAGCCAAGGACCGGGAGAGGGCAAGCAGAUGGCUGCCGAGAUCCGCUUUAAGCUGGUCCUGAGAAUAGACGCGGGCCUUGCCUGCGCCAUGCCCACCAAUGCCUAUCUCAUCGUAGCUACCAAAUCUCCUCCUGCCAUUCAGUGCAUUCCGUGGCCCGAAGACACUUCAACUUCUUCAAAUGGAGCGAGACCGACGACGAGGACGAGUCUGUUGGGUCGUCUCGACUGGAUCAUCAAGGACAAGACAGCCGACCCAGCUUCUGACACUUCGAGCAGCGAAGCACCAGUCCAUAUCUGCGAGAUUUACCAUUCACGAGCCAUGAACGUCUUUGUCUGGUUGACUUCGGACGGGCGGGCGUACAGUGCCAACCUUGAACUCGAUAGCAGAACAUCGAUAUGGCGGGGAAAGUGCUUCCACGGGGAACCAAGAAGACGAAGGAGACGCUCGUCGGCCUUCAGACACGAGCCAUUGUCGAGCGAAGCUGCAGAGCCGCAGUCGGCCAUCAGCGACGCCUCCAUCAACAUGUCUGUCGAUGGCGACGGCGAGGAGAAUGAAGAACCGGGCAGCUACGGCGUGGGCGAGAACGCGACGCUGCUGCCACAAGAACGGGCAAUAUGCGCCUCCAUCAAUGCCAAGUUCAGCCUGAUUUCCAUCGGUCUCCAGGACGGAACGGUGGCCAUGUACAACUACCGGGCGCCUGGAAAAUCGCCCCUCUUUUCCCAUUCCCUCUCCAUCCGCAAAGCGCUGCGCUCCACGGCCUCCUACCUCACCACGGGCGCCGUCCAGUGCUUGAGCUGGUCCAGUGAUGGGCACGCCAUUGCGGUGGGAUGGGAGCGUGGCUUCGCAGUCUGGAGCACGUACGGCAAGCUCAUGGGCUGCAGCCUUGUCGAGAGUUGGGACACGAUCAGUAGCAACUUCUCCGACCGAUUCAUGUGGGGUGUCGGCGGCAUGUUCUGGGGUCCAGGCAACACGGAGCUCUUCCUUCUUUGCCACGAAGGCGAACACGCCCGUGCUCGCUCUCGAGCGAACGAUGUAGACGAGAAGGCCUCCUCCUCCACUUUCGACGCCGAUGCCCAGCUCUUCGUCCUGCCCUUUGCAAAGUCGGCAGUGGCUAGCCAGCACUCACCAGACAACACAAGGUACGCAUUCAUCCAACUUGACGACAGCGUCCUCGUCUACAGAGGCAGCGAUCAGCCCGACAUGAGCAUCAUCAAUCCAGAGAGUGACGUCUGGCAGACAAUCAAGAUCCCACAGACUUACCUUGCCGCCAAUUGGCCAAUCCGGUACGCGUGCAUCAGCUCCGAUGGUCGACUGAUUGCUGUAGCGGGAAGACGAGGCCUGGCCCAUUUCUCCUCGCUCUCUGGCCGCUGGAAGACGUUUGACAAUCCGACUCACGAGCAGAAUUUCGCCGUCCGAGGCGGCUUGCAGUGGUACCAGCACGUUCUCGUUGCCGCUUGCCACACGGGCGACGAGUUCGAGCUGCGCCUCUACUCUCGAGAUGCUGCCCUCGACAAUUCCUCGGUCCUCUACACCGAGAAGCUACCGUCAGAGGUAAUUCUGACGACACUCUUCGACAACAGUCUCCUCGUAUACACUGCCGACAAUACCCUAUACCACUUUCUCAUCGCGAUCACGACUCAUGAGAUCAAGCUCACCUUGUGCGGCAGCAUCGCCUUCGACGGCGUCGUGGGUGAACCUGCUCGCGUCCGAGGCAUGAGCUGGCUCAUCCCUCACAGUCAGCAGCGAUUCGGCGAUCCAAUGGACGACUUGACUAUGGCCACCGUCAUCUUUCUGAUCGACGGUAAGCUCGUCCUCCUCCGGCCGCGCAAGGCCGGCGAGGACAUCGAGGAGGUGUCUUACGACAUGCAGAUCCUCGGCGAUCAAAUCGAGUAUUACUGGACCCACUUGCAGGGCAUCGGCACCCUCGAGAAUUCGCUCUGGGGCUAUGACGGACGAGGCAUCAAGUUGUGGCUCAAUGCGUUGACAAUUGAGCAGGCCGAGCUGCGCGACGAAGACGAAGAAGGUGAUGAUGAUGACGACGAUAGGCCAGAGUACAAGACGAUCGAAGAGAGUGUCAGCAUGCCGCUGGACUUCUACCCACUCUGUGUCCUCAUCGAGAAGGGCAUCGUCAUCGGCAUCGAGCCCGAGGUCUCGAUGAGGCGCAACGUCGAAUUUGCCAUCUUUCGGAGCGCAACCAACACCCACCUCUUUCUUCACCACGUCCUUCGAUCUCACUUGGAGAAGGCGCAGCUGCGCCAAGCGGUCAUGUUUGCGUCGCACUACAAGGGUCUCGUCUACUUUGCUCACGCCCUCGAGAUCCUUCUUCACGAUGUCUUGGAAGAUGAGGCCGAUGCUCAAUCACAAAAUGGUGAGGACACCAUGUCUCGCUCUCAGUCGGAUGGAAGCAUCAUCUAUCGGAGCGAAAGCAACUCGAGUUCGCUUCAAGAGUCAUCGCUUGACCCGGACCACUCCGCGGUGGGCUCCUCAGGCGGGCCCGAUGAAGCAAGUCCGGAUCAAAUAGGAACAAUAUCCCGAAAGACAGCGGUGCUACCCCUUGUCAUCGAGUUCCUCGACCAUUUCGAGGAGGCGCUUGAGGUCGUGGUGGGAUGUGCGCGAAAGACCGAGGUGGCCAGAUGGUCCUAUCUCUUCAACGCCGUUGGGGAGCCGCGAGAUCUGUUUGAGAAGUGCAUCGCAGCGAACGAGCUGAAAACGGCUGGCUCCUACCUCCUCGUGCUCCACAAUCUCGAGCCACUCGAAGAGAGCACUGCCCACACGGUCAGAUUGCUCCGACUGGCCGUCAAGAACAAGCGCUUUGCGCUUUGCAAGGACCUGCUGCGCUUCGUUCGGAGCAUGGACGAGAGCGGCGCAGCGCUUCGGCAGGUGGUCAAAGAAGCAGCCUUGCUGCCCGAGGACGAGGUACCCGUUCAAAAAGGCCUCGGCGUCUCCCUGGCGCUCACAGGGCGACACGACUUCUUGGCCUCACCGUCGCCUGGACCCUUGAACCGCAGCUCAUCGGCACCAAACAUUCUCGAUGCCAUGCCCGAAGAGAACGAAGAGGACAGCUCGUCGCCCUCGCCACAGUGGUCUCAGUCCAGCAAUGGGCCUCCCCAGCAAAUUAGGUCUGUAUCUCUCUUCGGACAGAGGCUCGGUGAGGGACCACCAGUGCCUCAGCUGAGCGUCAAUGGCCGGAUCAUGGCUUCUUCCCCGGCCCAAAGCCAGCGCCGAAUGGGAGCAAGCAACGGCCAAAAUGGCAACAUCGGGCUUGGUAUGAGCUUGUCCCGCGUCGGACUACGGUCGACGGACAAGCUCUUCGAGACGUCCCCUCGAAUGAAUCAUCACUCGUCCUCUUAG